GGUUAGAUGAAAACCGCCACUUCGUCUUCCCAUUUCCCUCCACUUUGUCGAAUUCAUUCAUCCUCGUCUUCUCUCUGUGCAUGAAUGGCGGGAGAACCUGGUGAAGCAAAAGAGAGGCAUUUACAGUGAUACAAAGAAAAACCCCAUCACUCAGAUGGAGAUGGAACAGCUUUUAAACAUGGGUUUCUCCCAAGAGCUGGCAGCUGAGGCUCUAGCGGCCACCGGAGGCAAAUCCACCAUCGAAGCCACCGAGUGGAUCUUCAACCACAAAUCUAGCUCUAACGUUAACCCUAGUCCCCCUCCCUUCCAACCCAAACUCGACCGCUUCUUCCAAUCCAGAACCCCCUCCCCUCAAACCCGACCUGCCGGAAACAACCGCACCCAAGAAAUUCCGACCAUCAAAAGGGUUUCGCAAGAGGGUGAAGAAUCUCUCCCCAAGCGUUCUAAGUUUGCGUUUGGCUCAUCAUCGGAGUCGUUAAUCCGUUCAUCUUCAGGGUACAAACCCCAUGAGCCCUUGUCGGAGCGUAUGCGCCCUCGAAGCAUCGAUGAAGUAAUCGGCCAAGACCACCUUCUGGGAAAGCAUUCUAUCCUCCGGUCAGCCUUGGACUGCGAUCGCUUGCCUUCAAUCGUGUUAUGGGGACCACCAGGAACCGGUAAGACCUCAAUAGCUAGGGCUAUUGCAAAUUCAUCUCCUGCAUCGUAUCGAUUCGUUUCGCUAUCGGCUGUGACAGCUGGGGUUAAGGAUGUUAGAGAUGCUGUGGAGGAAGCUAGAAAAAUGAAGAAGAAAAAUAAGAGGACGGUUUUGUUUAUCGAUGAAGUUCACAGGUUUAACAAGUCGCAACAGGAUUCGUUUCUGCCGGUGAUUGAAGAUGGGAGCAUUGUCUUCAUAGGGGCAACGACGGAGAACCCAUCGUUCCAUUUGAUCACGCCGUUGCUGUCGAGGUCUAGGGUUCUUACGCUUAAUUCCUUGCAGCCUCACCAUAUUGUGAGCUUGCUUAAGCGGGCCGCUGAUGAUGCUGAGAAGGGUUUGGCCCGGAGCGUGGGGGUCAAUGUCAAAGUGGAUGGUGAAGCCAUUGAGUUUCUGGCUUUGAAUUGCGAUGGGGAUGCUCGGGUCGCUCUGAAUGCUUUGGAGAUCUCUGCAACAACAGCUGCCGCUCGAAGACCCAAUUGCCAGACCACCAGUCAAGAACACACUUCAGGCUCUCAAGCUAAAAUGUUUGAGGGACUGUCUUCUGAUGCAACUACUGUGGCCGAUAGCAAUGGUGAUACUGAUAGUAGCUCUUCCGGAAAUGCAGAAAAUGGGGCGAGUUCAAAUGUAGUCAAUGUCACCCUUGAUGAUGUCAAGGAAGCACUGCAAUGCAAACACCUGGCUUAUGACCGGGCAGGGGAUGAACACUAUAACCUCAUCAGCGCGCUCCAUAAGUCAAUGAGGGGAAGUGAUGCUGAUGCAGCAAUCUACUGGCUAGCAAGAAUGUUGCAAGGAGGAGAGCAGCCUCUAUACAUUGCUCGGCGCCUCAUUAGGUUUGCAAGUGAGGAUGUUGGACUUGCUGACCCAUCUGCACUAAAUCAAGCUGUUGCUUGUUACCAAGCUUGCCAUUUUCUGGGCAUGCCCGAGUGCAAUGUGAACCUUGCACAAUGUGUAGCAUACUUGGCUUUGGCUCCCAAGUCUAUUGCUGUUUACAGAGCAAUAGAAGAAGCACAGAAGUUGGUGAAGGAAUCAGGUGGACAAAAUGAAGGGGUGCCUCUGCAUCUGAGAAAUGCACCAACAAAGCUGAUGAAAGAACUUGGAUAUGGAAAGGGCUACAUUUAUCCUCCGAAUGACCCUUCUUCUUCAGCAUCUCAGAGAUAUUUGCCACCUUCACUUCAAGGUUACAAGUUUCUCGAUUGGCCAGCUAACUACUUUGAAAGAUGAGAAGCUCAAAGGUGGUAAAUUAAACUGAUUAUGCAUUUUUUUUUUGGAUUUUAGUGUGAAAAGAACCCUUUUGUCCAUAUUUUGGCAUUUUGUAUAGAACGAAUAGUUAAAGCUACAAACUAGGGACUGUUGCGUGAUCCAUGUCGUAUUAAUUCAUAGAUGAACAAGAAUCUAUUCUUGGUACUAUUUGACUGGCACCUCAUGGAGCUGUUUCUGGCAACUUAA